UGAUAAAUAGAGACAAUAAAUGACUGAAACCCAGGAAUUAAUUUUGCUUUGGAAUUCCAUACAACAACAACCGGCUUUCAAUAAAGACAUGUAAUUGUCGUAGUAAGCUAAAAAUGCCCGAAUCGUUGAUGCAUGGAACUGUUGUGCUCAUCUACAUAAAUCUUCAACUAAAAAACAGCAAGUUGUGUGCGACAUGAAUCUUGCGAGUACAACGUUGCUGAAUGGGUAGACAGUAACUGUUCGACUCCUGUUUAAGGCAUUUUGGUAGUGGCUUCGCUUCCCCUUUCAGUUGCCCCGUAGUGUCUAGUCAACUAACCAAUAAUCUACGCACCCUUCUUCUACUAACCCCAACAGGCAUCAGCACUCGUACUCACAUUACUUCGCGGACGCCCUCUAGUCAUAAGUCGGAGAGUAGUCUGGACCAUCCGAAUCCACCGUUCGCUGAAAACCACAUUCCCUCGCAGACCCAAUCACAUAUCGAUUUGGGUGCGUCGCCCCGACCAACCAGCCCCAUGGAAUACCCGAACGAACCCAGUCGGGCGCCCCCUAAACGGAAACUGUGGCAGCGCAGCGCUAGUUGUAGGGAUUUGCAUGAUUUCAGCUUUGAGGAAACGGGCAAAGCUAAGCGUAGGGCCAAAUCCGCCAAGCCUCUAGAGAAAGCGGCGGUGAGUCUGGAUGAGCGCAAGCAGGACUCGCCGGUGACUGUUUACGACGAUCAUAGAGCUUUGUAUAUUGCUAGUUCGCGCGAUAGCAGCUUAGAAAUCCAACAGGACAUAAUGAUUCCGACGGCCAAGAUCUACUCGAGUAGCUUUCCUGGGACAACGUCCUACUCGCAGGAAUCCGUGGAGGAUCCGGGCAAUUACGAGUUGCGCGACUCGCAGGAGGAUUUGUCCCAUGAUAGCUACGAGUUGAUUGAAAGGUCGGACGAUAGCACAUCGGGCGAUUAUAAGAAACCGAAAAUUUUUAACACCAGAAGCUGCAGCCUGGACUCGGGCAACUACAUCCCCUCGGACAGUGAGUCGGAGUGUGGAACUCGGCAGCGGUUCAAGAGCGUGAGCGACCACGACAUUUUCCUGCUGGAAGACCCGCGGGACUUCCCGCGGGAAAUCGUCCCUAGAAAGUCCGACGGCAGCUUUCUAAAGCACGUCCGGCAAACCUCCCGCACCUCCAGUCUGGAAUCCAAGAGCGACUACUACGAAUCAAAAAUGUCCAGAUCCAGCAGGGAGAGCCUCAAGCGCUCACGCGGAGUGGGCUCUAGAACCUCCAGUCAGGAAUCCAAAAGCGACUACGACCAGAAGAAGCCCCUAAGAAAGAACAAAAGCAGCGACAGCCUGGAACGGCCCAGCAACCGAUACUUCGAGUCCGGAGCAUCGAGUGUGGACUCUCAAAGCGAGUACUUCGACGCCCCUGCCAAGCAUGAGGACGCAAAGUGCAUAGAAAAAACCGACUACGACCGCAAAAUCAGCUUCGAGCGCAACUACGGGAUCCAGAAACCGCGCCAUUUGCACCAGGAAGCCUACCCGGAGUUCCCCAAUGGAUUCCCCGAUGUCUACCUGGAGCCCAGCCAUAUGUAUGCAGUGGAAACGGAGCAAAGCAUGCGAGUGGGCAAGAUUCUGUCGGACAUCGAACAAAACACCCUGCCCAUUGCAGAAAAGGCGAAACCGCCCCCUAAAACCACCCACAUUUGGCCGGAAAGCAUCAUAGGCUUGCCUACGGAGGUGGAGGAGAUCAAGCACAGUGGCGGGCAGCGAUCCACUGAGUCCGAAAGCAACAUCUUCAGCUUCGACGAGGACCGAAUCCAGUCCCUGCAGGAAAACAGCGACAUGAGCGAUCACGGUUUCAGCGUGGUGCCCAACAUCGACGUCCAACCAACGAAGAAAGAAGUGCGCAGCUACCGGGACGUUUUCAUGGAAAUCGAGCCUCGGAUCUGCCACGAUCUCCCCUUCCAUCAGCCCAUCGAGCGCACCAAGUCAGACCCCAACUCCCUAGCUAGACAGAAGAUGAAUUCCAGCGCCAGGCGCUUGUUGCUGAUGCAUCAAAAGUCCAUAGACUUAACCCCGGCAGAGUCCAGCGACGAAGACUAUUUGUAUAAGCAAAUCCCUAGCGCGCCUCCCAUCACCAAGUUCAAGGGGAUUCACUUUGAGAUGCCCACCGCCGAGUUCGGGCACUUCGACAUCCUCAAACGAGAAAUUGAGGGGCAAAAGACCAAGUUUGAGGUGCCCAAGAGCCAGUUUGAGUCACUGGGCGCCAAGAAUCAAGCCGACCUGGUCAACCUGCCCCCUAAGGGCGAGGACAUUCCCUAUGUGCUCCACAAGCGACACAUCAUGAACGGCACACAGAAGGACGAGGUCAAGACCCCCGAAACCAACCUUGCCAAAGAUGUGGUCAAACAGGAAACAUCAUUUCUCUUCACGCAAAACAUCGACCUCUCCAAAGUUAACCCUGUCACCUUGGAGGUGGACAAGAGCAUUCCGGCGAUUCAGCUGGUGUCCAGCCCUAAGCGGGACAUCACUCACAUUGACCCUCUGGUGCUCGAGACCCUCAACUCCAAGCUCAGUCAAAUUGAGAGCGACUCGCCCACUAGUUCGCGCACUGAAAGCCUCAAGCCCCUCCAGAGGCUGCUGUUGGCCAAGCCCCUUAAGGUGGAGCCGAAGGCCGAUGAGAUUCCUUCGUCGUUUCCAAUUGCCCCCAAAGCGGAAGACAAGAAACCUGCGGUGGAGCCCGUCAGGGCCAAAGUCUUCGACAAAAUUAAAACCGACAUCAAGCCGAAAAGGAUCAUCAAGCCCCGGAUGCAACCAGGCAAAAGGGGAGGCAAAAGCAACAAGACCAAGGUGCGCAUAACCUCCUUUAGCUCAGACGAUGAAUCCCUGGAUUCGGAUGAUGUGUUUGGCAGCGCGGAGGCCACUCCGACCAGGAUGGAGUUCUCCCCGCCUCAAAUGAGGAAGGAAAUGGAGUCGAUACUCAAGUUCGAAUCCGAGCGCAAAUACCUGCAAUACACCAUGUCUUCCACCGAAGUGGAAGGGUCGCCCCCAACCAGCCGGAAGAAGACUGAAAAAGACAACGGAUUAGAUCCUUCCGCCGCCCAGCAAACCGAACUCAGACGAAUAUCCGAACGAUCGUUUUCCAUCCCGAGCAGCGAAGAUGAGUUCAACGUGAAGGUCGCGGAUUUGGCGCCGGUGUUUGAUUGUGUGACGCAGGAUUUGCUGAAGAUUGUGGAGGAGGAUGGGGACAAGUCCUUGGACGAGACCCUCAAAGAGGGAAUGGACAGUUCGAUCGAUGAGGAGCGGCAGCGCGAAAAGGCGCUGCUGCAGGCGGAGAUCGAGAACGACCUCAAAGACCUGCAAGUGCCCCCCAGGACGAAAAUUACUGAAAUCGUGUCGCCGAACAUGCGAAGCAAAAGCCAGAGCCCGCUGCUUUUUGCCCACGCUCGCCUCAAUCUGUCGGAGGGUUCCGCAUUCUCGUUGCUUCAGAAGCAGCAGGCACUGGAUUCGCCUUUGUCCAGCAGACGAGCUCGAAGCCUGGACGCCCCGAUUAUCCCAGUCAACAAACUCCCGCCCCUAAAUGCGUUUUCCAGCAAGGACGACACUGUAGAUGAAGAAGACGCGAACCAAACCGACCAGAACUUGGCAAGCGCCACUUCCACCGAAAUUUCCGACGCGGACACUGGCGACUUAUCGACUACUCCUGGGAAUGGAGUGGUUCCAGUUGCGGACCAGGUGAGGCCCAGAGGCUCAGUAGGCGACAAGGACCAAAUAGUUCCCGAUGUCACCCACAUGAAAAAGAAGCCCGCUCUGGCGAAACCCACCCCCAAACUGCCUCCGAAAGGAGUGGCGCCUCCAAAACCCCUCAUAGGCAAAAAGCCGCAGGCCUCCAAACCCAAACUCGCCAAGCCCAAGGUGGAGCCUCCUAGCAAAACCGUUUCCAAGCCCCCGUUAGGCCCGAAGUCGCUCUCAACUGAUUCGAAAAAAACCCCCCGGACUCGAGGACAUCGGCUGUUAACUGAAAAGGCCGCCUCAGCUGAUUCGGAAACCAAAAGCGACGACGACAGGAAGUCAACCAAGCAAAAAUCGCUGUCCAGCCAGUCCUCGUUAGCCCUACCCGAAAUCAAGCGCACCAAAAGCCAGGAAAUGGAGCCCAGCCGAAAGACCGUCCCAAAGGAAAAGGCCAGAUCGUUGGAGAAGCUGGAGCUGAGGCGAAUGGGCAGCAAGGAGCGCACGAAAAGCCAAGACGAAAGCGAGGAUGUGAUCGCGGAGCGACGCAAACUGCAGCAAAUGCUCUAUGAAACAGCCAUCAAGCAGACCAAGACGCUUAAGAGCCCGGUCAAAGACGUGCUGCCAGUGUUUCCACAAGUGGAGGAAACCGUGAGGGAGCGAGGCGGCAAGUUGGAGAUCAGCAUCAACACCAUAGAACCAAGCGUUUCCUUGGAAGAAGCCAUCAUCGUCACUAAAAGCCCCAAGAAGCUUGACAAGAAGCUAACCAAAAGCCUGGAGCUAACAUUGAACGAUGAGGAUGGCCAGGAGAAGGGCGUCCAGCGGCUGGGCAAAAGCCUGGAUCUGGAACGAAGCAAGUCCGAGGAUGAAGCAGACAAAUCCACCGAGUUCGACUUCAAGCCGGAAACCAUCAAGAGCAUCAACGAGAAAGACAAGUUGGAUGAAGACUCGAAGCGAGCCACUGUUGUUGUUGCAGACGUCCACGAACCUGCUGGGGAAGAUCGCGUUCUACUGGAGGGAACCAGCUUGGAUGUGUGGCUGGCUGUAGGCGAGCAACCACAACUGCAGAACAUCGAGGUGAUUCAGAGCGGCUCUGAUUUUUUUGAGCAACGGACAUCUCCCAAGCCUCCAGACCUCAGCCAAAUCGACACCAAAAGCAAGAGCUCCUCCGACUCGGUCAGCACAGACAAAAUCAGCCUGGGCAAUUCUUUGGACAUAAAAUACAUCGACGAAUCCGCAGAGUCUUCCGGAAAAUCCGAUAAAGACCCCGAGCUGAUGGCGGAAAUUCAAAGGGCCUCCCUCACAGUCAGCAAGUUUCUUCGCAGGAAACUGGAGCGAAGACGCAUCGAGUCCAUUACCCGACUAACCAGCGAAGAGGAGUCCUUGACAGAAGUAAGCGAGCUGAAGGAGGUGGAGAGGAACUUCCUCAUGGUAACUUUAACCAAGGAAGCCUCAAUGAAGCUGAGCAUGGAAGGGGGCAGGUCGGAAGACACCGGUUCCUGGAUGACAGUAGAAUGUGAGGAGGUUUUGGGGGCCGAGACCUCUCUGGACCACGAUCCACUUGAAUCGCCGGACACCGUUCAGAUGGACGCUGAGUUGGAAGCAACAGACGGAAACUUCCUGGAGGCUGAAAGCAAGCAGGCGAAGCUGAAGCUGAUCAAGCGGGGUUCCGAUCAGUCCAAGUCCAGCGACACUGGCUCUUGGACGAGUGGGGAAAAGGAGCUGAGUCCCAGCAACGUGAAAGAAACCGACGAAUCGAGCGCAAGCUGCUCUAUGGGAAGAGCGAUCGGUCUGAGCCAAAACAUUGAAAUGUUUGCCAUCGAAAAGGGCUCCUCGCACUCGUCCGAGGAGCCUCUUAAAAGCCCCCGCAGUCCCAGAAUUUGCGUCCUGGGCAGAGCCUUUACCAUUGACGAAGGUUCUCAGAAGCUAGACGAGUCGAGUUCGGAUGAGGCCAACGAGAUACCCAAAGACCUGGCGCCUAUUGAGGAGGCCACCGACUCUGAUAAUGGCAAAAUGAAGAAACCCUAUCCGUUCCAGGAAAAGUGGUCGCAGGACUCGGAGCUGAGCCAAAAGUUGCAUAGGAAAAUCUCCAAGAAACUGUCCUCCGGGGACAAGGUGAGCUUCUCGUCCACAGAGGAGACGUUUUCUAUUGGCUGGCGCAAUGCUCUGGAAAAACCCAGCUUGAUGACUAUAGAGAAGCUGAGCACAGAGUCCAAGAACUCCUUGGACACCGAGUCGAGUUCAGGAAGUUUGGGGAUAGCAACCCGAGCUCAUACGUCUGGGGACAUUCCUAAAGAGUUGAGCUCCAGUUGGAAGCCCUUUCCUUUGGACAGCUCCGGCUCUGAGAGCUUCGACGACAGCUUGCUGCCUCCGGAUCAGGAACUGGAAAAGCAUGAGUACUUCCUCUGCAGGGAUAAUUCAGGGGAUUUUACCUCCAUGACUGAUGUUUGUUACAAAGGGGGCGAAAUCACUCCGACGAAAGACGGCACUGAACUGCCUGAGGACUUGGCUAACUUCCCCGCCAACUUUGGUCUGAUAAGUUCGCUGGCUGGGGCUUCAGAUAUCUUGGGCGCGUACACGGGAGGCGGUUUCCUAUCUAGAACGUUGUCCAGGAUCUCUGAGCGCAGCACCAACUCAGAAAAAUCUAGUCUGGAGGAGGACUCGACGAAAGCCAGCACUCAGAGCGAUAGCUUGAAUGAUGAGUCGCUGGCGUCCAGCAACCCUCAAGUGAGCGCCAGCUCAGAAUCGCCCAGCAAUGCUCAGGUUUAUGACGACAGGAAGACCAGUGGCAAGCCCAGUUUGGCUAGCAGCGGUGGCAAGGGGAGCAAGCAGCAGGAUUUGAGCAAUAAACCCAGCACUGAUCCGGCGCCCAACUUCAGCAGCCUGCUUCAGAGGCAAAUUUCUGAUGACCGGCGGACAUCGGCGGAAAUGGCUGAGCUGUCGAUGGACGACAUAGAGAUCAUCACCUCUGAGCGAGGUUUGCGUCUGAAGCGGCAAGGAUCGGAUGACACCAUCAUUGAUGAGGAGUGCUUUGAGGUGGAGAAGCAAAGCAGCCAGGAGAGCGAGGAUUGGCCACUUCCAGACAUCCCCAGUCAUGGACAACGGACGUUGUUGGCCAUGCACGAGCUGCCCAGCUCGGACACUUCCGCUCAGCUCACCACUCAAGUCUACCAACCGCCCAGCAAGAGCAUCCCCAAGACUUUCGGGCUGAGAGGCUCGUUGAAGAGCCAGGAGUCCGAGCACUGGCCCAGCCCCCCAUCUAGCGUUCAUGAGCCUAUAGUGGAGAAUAUAGAAACCUACUACAUCUCGCCAGCCGAAGAAGCUUGCAGGGUGACUGUGGAGUCGAACACCAGCACUCAAAGCACUUACGACAACGACUCGAACUCCGAUGAUUAUCGAACGGUGGAUUUCGAUGAAAUGGAGAAAACCCACACCUAUGAGAACGUUGUCUCUGGGGAGCACAUCAGCGAAAGUUUGUCGGACAGUCAAAGCGCCAGCGUGGGACCCAGUGGGGUUAAGAUCGUCUUGGAGGAGAAAAGCCAGGGCUCCGGCUCGGACGAGGACUUGAAUAUAUCGAACCUCAAUGACGACGUGUUUAUCGACGGCGGGGAAAGUGUGUUGAGGAGCGAGCAAUUGAGGCCUCCAACCGCCUUGCGUAGGAGUACAGCGUCGGAUGACUCCAGGAGCGAUAGGAGGAGUUCGCCGGCCGGCUCCCACAGCUCCUACAGCGAGGAGGACUGCACCAGUUCAAUGGGCACCAAUCUUGAGGACGGCACGGUACGGUUCGCGCUGAAGCCCACCAAGUGCACUCACAGCUCCCAUUCUGAGGACACCUCAAUGGCUCUGAGCCUCUCCGAGUGGUCGAACAGCACCAACACCGUCAAGUUCCAGAACCUGUCCAGCAACAGUGGAACGACCAAGAGCAGUUCGGGACUGAAGAGCGACGAGAACUCGCUCACUGACAUAGCGCAGAGCAUUUCUGAGUGGUCCUCGACUCAGAGCAGCACUUUGAAGGUGCAGCCGCCGGGCGGCAGCCACCCGUUCCAGAAGUUGUCCAGCAACACCUCAACUGGGGAGAACACACUCACUGAGCGGAUCCCCAGCAUCUCGGAUUGGCCCAGCGAGGCGAAGCCCUUGCAUUUUUUCCCGCAGGAGCGGGUCGCGACCCGAUUGGGGUCCAGCUUGGAUAUCGAGGAAGUUGUGCAGGAUCAGCACAGCCCGAAAAACAUCCCUUCGGGGGAUUUUUCGAUGUUCUCCUCCAGCCGUGGGGAGAGUGGGAAGUUCACGAAAAGCACCGAGCGGCCCAUGGUGAUCCCCGUGCAGUCCGACACGGAUAAGAGCAGUAGUUCCCUGGAAAACAAGACCGUGCACACUCAGAGGUAUGACAGUGAGAAAAAGGGGUACUUGCAGGUGUCGAAGAGCACUGAUCGGCCCGUGCAGGUGAACUUGAAGCUGGCCAAAUGCUCUCCCUACUACUCCAGCAGCUUGAGUAGUGAAAGCACGCCCUUAACCACAGCGACUCCGGUCCCCAUGAGCAAAGUGGCCACUGUUCCUUUGACCAGGAUCCAUAAAAGGCCCAUGUCGAGGAGUUUGACGCAUGCCAAGAGUCCUCCUAGUGAAAAUGACUCGACCAGCUCGGUGGAGUCUCCCAAGAGCAAGUCGGAGAGGGAGAGGCGAGGAUAUAGGAGGAAGAGGCAGCUGCAGCAGCAGCGCAACAAGGCGAAGACUGAAAAGGAGCAGUACUGCAUAGAUGAGUACUACUAUGUGGAGAAUGAGCACGGCUUGACGGAGUACAACGAGUACAUUAGGGAGAGGAACAUGGAGGAGAUGGCCUCGAACUUCCAGUACGAAGCGGGGCUGGCGCAGGACAGCCCAGUGCUGCUCUACAGCGCGGAGCAUCUGGAGGAGGGCUACUAUCCAGAUGGAGACUCCCAGUCUGGAUCCGAUAUUUUUCGCAUGGAGAGAGAGGAAGAAGACAAGCACGAGUGCUCGGAGGGAUUCGAUGUCAGUUCCAUUCCACCGCCACUGUUGGAGGACGAUUUCGAGAGCGAUCCGACGCCGCACAUUUGAUUUUAAUGAACUCGUCGCAUUAUAGAUGACCCCAAACUUGAGCUAGACAGCAAGGACACACCGUUUAGAUCCAUG